UGCGCAGUCAGAGAGGGUGCCGCCAUUUUCUCUUCUCUGCUCUAAUGGGAACGUUUUAACCGAUUGGUGCCGCGCUUUCAGGGUGUUUCGGGCAGCCGGGCGCCUCACGCGGGCACCGGGAGACACCGAAAGGGAGUUUUCUUGCAAGAAAAGACGGUGAAAACUUGCCAUGGCGACUGAAUCAGAAAAUGUGGCUGUGGAAGAGUCAGAAAUGUUUACGAAGGUCAAAGAGCACAAGACUUAUCAAAGACGACGAGAAGGUGGACAACCUGAAGAUGCUGACGGGCAACACAAAGAAUCAGAUGGUACUGAGGUAGCAGCACAAGAUAUGAACAGCAACGUGCAAGUUGUGAUGAUGCAGCCAUUGGACCCUACACUACUACAAAUGAAGCAACCAGUUGAGGGUGGAGCUCAUGAGUCGGACACUGUAGAUGACACGCAGAUUAUCACGUUGCAAGUUGUGAAUAUGGAGGAGCAGCCAUUAAAUCUUGGAGAACUGCAGCUAGUGCAGGUAGCCCAAAGCAGCAUUGAUGAACUGCAAGGAAACUAUGAAAAUGAAGCUCCCAAAGAUGGACUUCAGGAAGGAGAUCCUGUAAUCUGUCAUACUCUUCCCCUACCAGAAGGCUUUCAGGUUGUGAAAGUAGGUGCCAAUGGUGAAGUGGAAACAGUGGAAGAUGGGGCAAUAGAAGUGCGGGAAAAUGAGGAUGCUUCUGCUGCCUGGCAGAAAGAUCCUGAUUAUCAGCCACCAGUUAAAAAAGUCAAAAAGAAAAAGAAUAAAUUGCGCUACAAGGUGGAUGAUUCCAAAGAUGUUGACUUAUCUGUAUAUGAUUUUGAAGAGGAACAGCAGGAAGGUUUACUUUCAGAGGUUAAUGUAGAGAAGGCAGUUGGAACCAUGAAGCCUCCAAAACCAAUGAAGAUUAAGAAGAAAGGGGUAAAGAAAACAUUCCAGUGUGAAUUGUGCAGCUAUACUUGUCCCCGACGUUCUAACCUUGACCGGCACAUGAAAAGCCACACUGAUGAGCGACCGCAUAAGUGCCACCUAUGUGGUCGAGCUUUUCGGACAGUUACACUUCUGAGAAACCAUCUCAACACACAUACAGGUACUAAACCACACAAGUGUCCUGAUUGUGACAUGGCAUUUGUGACCAGUGGGGAGUUGGUGAGGCAUCGUCGCUACAAACACACUCAUGAGAAGCCAUUCAAGUGCUCUAUGUGUGAUUAUGCUAGUGUGGAGGUUAGUAAGUUAAAGCGCCAUAUUCGCUCUCACACUGGAGAACGCCCGUUCCAGUGUAGCCUGUGUAGCUACGCCAGCAGGGACACCUACAAACUGAAAAGGCACAUGAGAACCCACUCUGGUGAGAAACCGUAUGAAUGCUACAUCUGCCAUGCUCGCUUCACUCAAAGUGGAACAAUGAAGAUGCAUAUUUUGCAGAAACAUACAGAGAAUGUCGCAAAAUUCCACUGUCCACAUUGUGACACAGUUAUUGCUCGGAAGAGUGAUUUGGGUGUUCAUCUGAGAAAACAGCAUUCCUAUCUUGAGUCAGGCAAGAAGUGCCGUUACUGUGAUGCAGUCUUCCAUGAGCGAUAUGCCCUUAUACAACACCAGAAAUCUCACAAGAAUGAGAAACGUUUUAAAUGUGAACUUUGUGAUUAUGCAUGCAAACAGGAACGUCACAUGGUGAUGCACAAACGAACUCACACCGGAGAGAAGCCUUAUUCCUGUAGCCAGUGUGAUAAAACCUUUCGGCAGAAACAACUAUUGGACAUGCACUUCAAGCGGUACCAUGAUCCUAAUUUUAUUCCUGCCACUUUUGUAUGCACAAAAUGUGGCAAAGCAUUCACUCGUAAGAAUACAAUGACAAAACAUGCUGAGAAUUGCAGUGGGCCAGGAGGUGAAGAAGGAGAUGCUGUUGAGCGGAAGAAGAGUAAGGGACGUGGGAGGAAACGAAAAAUGCAGUCCAAGAAAGGAGACUCUACUGAUAGCGAUGAUGAGGAUAAUGCAGAACCUGAACUAGAUGGUGAUGAAGAUGAUGAGCCAGUUGUGAGCAAACCUGAGGAAGACGAAGAAGAGGAGCAGCCUAUUGCAGAAGUCAUCCCCGUACCUACACCAGCCAAAAAGCGAAGGGGUAGACCACCUGGCAAAGCCAAUCAAUCCAAUAAAAAUACUGGAGCAGUUCAACAGUUGCAAGAAUCAGGGACUACAACUAUUGAGAACAUAAUUGUUGAAAUAAAGAAAGAGCCUGAGGCUGAAGAUGUGCAGGUUCAAUCAGGAAUUGAGGCUCAAAAUGGAGAUAUCACACCUGAGAUGAUCCUUAGUAUGAUGGACCGGUGAUGGAAGAAGGCAUGCUAAUAAUGUGGUCCUGCGAAUAAGAUUACAUGUAUUUUUGCUUUGACACGUGCUUAUAUGAGAUGAUUUAGACCAUUUAACCUUCUGAGUACUAGAGAGAAUUUCUCAUCCAGGAAGCUAAAAUGAGUUUAGACUAGAUUCCCUUUUAUAGCAUAGAAUGCUAUUUAUGAAUCAGAAAUUAUUUUAUUUGUUACAAAAAUUAUACCCAAUACAAUUUUUCUGAAUGAUUUUUCAGAAACAAAAUGAAAUACCAUGAGAUGCUUUGUACACGUUAUGUACACAGAGCAGUAAAAUAGUUCCUGCCCUUAAAAAAAACUGUGUACAGUAUCUGUGCCAUAGCUCUUUUUGCUUAAGAGGAAUGUUUCCCAAUGGCACAAAACAUUGUGAUAUAUAUAAAUGUUGCAAAGAACAUAGGCUAUUUUUACCAUAACACCUUGCUAUACUCAAGCUGAGCAGGUGGAAAUUUGACUUGUAGUAAACUUUAAAUACAAAAGAAUUGUGAAUUUUUGGACGUAUAGUCAUGUUUUUGUGCAACCCAGUUGUAAAUGAUAAUACACAACUUCUGGUUUCUUCCGCUACAUUAGGGCGUCUCAAUGCAAAUCACUGAUUGAAAAUCAUCGUGUUACUGUUAAAUUAAGUUCAAGCCACGUGAAUUAUUUUACAACUGACCAUCCAUAGUAACACUGUUUGUUGUGUGUUUUCCUUUAUUUUGUACAGGGCAUCUCAAAAAUGGUCAUGCUUGUUGUAGAUAAGUUUUUUUACAUUUUAAUCUUUUCUAGUGAUUAUGUAUCAAAGUGCAGGAGAGUAACAUUUUAACCACUGCUUGAGACGUUUACAAAUUACAUUUGUCACAAAGAGUCAAACUCUUCAGUGUUUGUGAAUAUGUGCAGAAUCAUGUAAAAAUUAAUUUGCAAAUUGAGCUGUUCAGAGCAGAAGAUGUCAAAUUGUAAUGAGCACAUUCACAGCAUACUACAAAUCCCUUUAAAGUUGCAGAUUUUAAUGUUGUAAAUUUUAAUUACUUAUAUUUCCACUCUAGGUUGGCUAUCUUCCACCUAACUAUAUAUUUUUUUGCUUCUCUGAACCUCAUUAUGUAUCUGAUGUAUUUGUAAGAGGGCAUAAUGGAACUAAUCCUUUAAAACUAGGACGAGGCAGAGUUUUGAAGAGUGAGUAUAUCCAUGUGCUUUGUGUUGCAAAAUAAUGUGAAGUUUAAGAGGUUUGCGCUGUUGCAGAAAUGAAAGUUGUGCCACAAGAGUAUGUCAGAAGCUUUAUUUGCUGACUCAACAUGAAAUUCUUUUUCUGUUCUAGGUGAAUUGCAAUUAAAUCUGCUUUCUGCCCCUUUUUUAGCUCUGACUCUGGGUUGAUUUUGUUUUUUUUAUAUUUAGCUGUACUGUUUGUGAAGGAAAGGGAGUCAAGCUGAUGAGGAAACAAUGUAAAAAUACUCUUUAAAUGGGGUUACGAAAGCUAGGGUAAAGCAUUUAAUUAAUGUAGUGCUGUACAGCUGGUAAAUAAACAAUUUACCUGCCUUUCA